ACUGUACCAGGACCAGAGGUUCUGCUUCAUCCACCUGAGUGUCCAGGAGUUUCUGGCUGCUCUUCAUGUCCAUCAGACCUUCACCAACACUGGAGUCAAUCUGCUGUCAGGACAAACGUGUUCGGUCUAAACUAUCAAAGGUCAAACCUGUACAGUUGUACCAGACCGCUGUGGACCAGGCCUUACAGAGUCCCAAUGGGCACCUGGACCUGUUCCUCCGCUUCCUCCUGGGUCUAUCACUGCCGACCAAUCAGAGUCUCCUACAAAGUCUGGUGAAACCAACAGGAAGCAGCUCAAAGACCUACCAGAAAACUGUUGAGUACAUCAAAGACAAGAUCAGUGAGAAUGUGUCUGCAGAGAGAAGCAUCAACCUGUUCCACUGUCUGAAUGAACUGGAUGAUGAAUCACUGGUGGACCAGAUCCAACAGUGCCUGAGAUCAGGACGUCUGUCCACAGAACAACUGUCUCCUGCUCAGUGGUCAGCUCUGGCCUUCAUCUUACUGUCAUCAGAAAAAGACCUGGAAACGUUUGACCUGAACAAAUACUCUGCUUCAGAGGAGGUUCUUCUGAGGCUGCUGCCAGUGAUCAAAGCCUCCAACAAAGCUCUGUGAGAAAAACAGUUGGAUCAAACAACCUCAAAUAUGCA